UUAACAGGCAACAGGCUAAUCUAUUUUUAUGGUUCAGCACACGUUCUGUACGUGUUAUUGUGUUGCUUGUGCAAAGAUUAAGGCCCAGAAGAAUGGUGAAUGUUGCAAAGUGAGGUCAAAUUUUAAUGGUAGAAUAGACUUGAAAAUCUGAAUUCACCGAAAAUGUUUUCACCAUGUCUGAGACUGUGUAAGUUACCUUGUUUUGUGUACAAACCAAAUCGUAGACCUGACGUAGAUAAGAUAAGAUGUUGCAUCGACUGGGCGAGGUUUAUUUAAUAUAUAUAUAUAAUAUAAGUAUAUCUAUAACGGGUGACGCUACACAUUUGAUUAAGUGGCACAGAGAGAGCUCAAAAUAAGCUUUUCAUUUUUAUGUUUUGUCUCAUAUUCCAGUCAAACAAAUCAGCUACACAAGAGCGUGUAUACGGUUGCUGAGCAACACCAAUAAGAUGGCAUCAGAGGAAUCUGCAGUGGCGAAGGAAGAGAUGCAUGCCUUCAUGACACGGUGUAUGGAGAAAGUUGGUACUCGGCCUGAACAUGCACGUGCACUCAGUGACUUACUAGUUGCAGCUGAUUAUAGGGGUCAUUACAGUCAUGGCCUUAACAGACUGGGUAAGUGGCUUAACGUUCAAGUGACAGAAAUUCAGAAAUUGUUAACACUACUGACUACUGAUUUUUUAAACUUGCUUUACUGGCUUUACUUUGCAUUUGCACUCAAGACUGUGAAUUCUGAAAAAAAUGUUGGAAUGUCUCUUUUGAAAAUUAUCCUUUUACUUCAUAUUAUAUAAGAUGGUUUCUUUUGUUGUUGUUUUUUACAAAGACUUUCAUUCUACUUGUAUUUCCAUCUUGGCAGACUUUUUGUCAGCCAGCUGUGCAAUACUGCAAUAGUGUUCAGUUUACAAUUUUAUUAUUUUAUGAAUAAUAAGUUUGUAUCGUUAUAUCAACACCCAGACAAAAUCGUUUGUCACUUCAAAUUUUUGCUCAGUUGAUCAUUUACUCAUGACUUAGUGUUGAUGGUUUCCUUGCAAAUUGCAACUCAUGUCAACAUUGCAUUGUGCAUCUACUCCUUGGUAGAUGGAUGGAGGCGUGUUGACACUGUUGCUCAAUUAGAGUAAAUUUCUCAUGGUUGACCACCAUAUAAGCUUAGUGGUUGAGUGAACAGGUGUGUCGAGAAGCUCAGAUCUAUUUUAUUUACUUUUAUGACUAGGUAAAGAGUUCAGUCACUUCAAACAAGAUUCUGUAAAUAUUUGAUGUUUAAAAAACUAAAUAAUUCUACUUUUUAAAAAUAAUUUUUACAAUACAUAUUAAAUUUUAAUACUAAAAAGUAGAAAAUAAAAAAUUAUUUUAAUGAAGUCUUAUAAUCAAAGACGAGUUAAAAUGCACUAAAAGAAGAAAAUAAUUUAAAAUUUCAUAAAAUGCAUUACACUGUUAUGUUCUCUUUGUUCAUAAAAUUUAAAUUUGUACUUGUCACAAUGCAGAAUUUGAUCUCUAAUAUAACUGCCAUCCCCAAUGGCAACUCUCUUUGAAUGGAAUUUUGAGUCCUGCACUUUCAUUUUUUGUUCCUCUCAGAUAUGUAUGUUAAAGAUAUACAGACCAAAAUGUGUGUCAGUGAUAAAGAACCAGAAAUAGUCAAGGAAACUGUUGCUACAGCUUAUGUUGAUGGAAACAACCUCCUAGGUUUGUAUCAAGUCUGUCAGUUAAGACUAUAUAGGAUUACCAGACGUCCAUAUUUAGUAUGGACAGUUUGUACUUUCGACCCCCUGGUCCGUAGGUACUAAUUUCUCUCAUCGUCCGGCUUGUCGGUACUUUUGGCAGCAAUGGCUUGCUUGUCUUAUUUCUAUUUGUCUUAUCUUAUUUCUGCCCAAAGGCCAGCAUAGUGAAUAGAUGCAGCUCCAUCUGACAGUCCAAAAUUAGAAUAUUUAUAUCUCGAAUGCUGUAAAAAUAUCAAGCAAUUUUGUGUAUGAAUUAUCAUCAUAAUGUUGCCAUUUCUUUUCACAAAUUAACUAGCUAGAUAUUGCUUCAACAGUACUCAGUAGUAGCAGUAUUACAGUAAUAUUUUGUCCAGCGUAUCUUCAAUGUGCUAGUUCAGUGGUUCCUAUAAUGUUUCGAUUCCCGGCGCUUAGGCCAAAUUUAGAUUUUCCACCAUUCUUUUGCUGCCCCCUCGGAUAAUACUUUUCAGUUAAGUGCUUUUUUAUUUUAUUCUGUUUAACUGUUGUUUGUUUGCUGCGAAGGAAAUGCUGCACCUGGGGCGAAGCCGGAAAAUUGUGCCACUUAAUAUAUAUAGAAAAAGUGCCCCCGGGGCGAAUCAGUAUAAAAUACUGGAAUUUAACUAUAGUUCUAUUUUGCAGGACCUGUUGUUGGGAAAUUCUGCAUUGAUGUAGCAAUUAAGAAAGCUAAAGAGGCUGGAAUAGGCUGGGUGUCUGCUAAAGGUAAACAAUGUUUGAGAUGCUAACAACAUUGUAACAUAAUGUACUACAAUGAGGUUCAUAGGAAGGUAAACAUAUUAAAUUCUGUAUUUAUAUGAUGUGACAUCCGUUAUCACAUGUAUAAAUCACCAUAUAUAAAACAUGCAUCACAUCCUUUUUGUCGCUAAUACAAGGAAAAAUUAUAGCAUAUGUUAUAAACAUCAUUAAGAUGAUAAUUCUCAUUCUGAUGGUGGUUGCAGAUAUGAUACCCAGUCAUCAAAACCAGUAGUGGUGACCCCAAUCUCAAACAUUUCUAAACUCCAGCUUAACAAUUCCUUGUAAUCGUCCUGUGGUUUCACAAAUUGCAUAAUGUCUUGUUCUAAUAAAUUAUGAAAAUAAAUUUAUAGUAGUUCAUAUGCUUCUUGCACUCUACUAAGUAGUAGAGGCUAAUGGAAUUUAAAGUUUAUUUAGAACUUACUAAUGCUGGUAUGCUAAAUAGUUUUUAUGUUAGUGUCCAACCUAUAAUUUAUUUUAAAAGAUCAAGUUAAGCAUUGUGAAAACUUUUUUUUUAAUUGCUGCAGAUAAUCAAGGUAUAAAGACUUGUUAAUUCUGAUUGUUUUGUUACAAAUUACAGGAUCCAACCAUUUUGGUAUAGCUGGCUGGUAUGCUAUGAGGGCUAUGGAACAGGGUCUCAUUGUGAGUAAAUAGUUAUUAAGAUUUACUGUAUCCGUGAUGUAUUGUAUUUAUAGGCAGUAGUAUAUUCAAAACAUCUUUAUUUCCAAUUUAAUUUAGCACUAAAUUAAAAUAUAUUUAAGAAAAGAAAACACUAUUCAUAGAAUCUACUUAUUUACCAGUAAUCUCUUCUCACUAUUCCAUCUUUAUACCGGUGCCUCAAAGUACCAUGUGGCUAUGUAAGUUGGUUAGGGUUGCAAUUUUACAAAUACUUUUUUUAUUAACAGGGCAUGGCUUUCACAAACACAUCCCCUUUGAUGGUGCCUACCAGAGCCAAAGAAGUAAACAAAAUUAUAUAUUGAUAAUUCAGAAUCUAAAAGCUGAAUAUUCAUUAUGAAGUGUCGUAUCCAAAUACCAAUUUUCAAUAGUGCAAAUAGUUUUUUUCAUUUAUUCCUUAGCCCUUAUUUUAUUAUUUUACAUGAUUAUUCAACAUAAUUUCUUUUUUGCGGUGAAAUAAAUUAUCUUCAGUUUAUCUGUAACUUCAAAAUUUUUAUUUUUAGUGAAAAUUUCUUAGUUAGAAUCUUAUUAUUUCUUAAAAUAUUUUUUUAAAAUCUAAAGCCAAUUUUAGGUACCAACCCCAUAGCUUGUGCUGCACCAGCCAAUAAUGGAGACAGCUUUGUAUUAGAUAUGGCGACAACUGCUGUUGCUCUUGGAAAAGUAAUAUCAAUUUGAAUUCUUUUUUAUUGUGAGGCAAAGCAUUAAAUUGAAUUUUCAAUUAAGUAGAAUCUGUAUUUUUUACCCAGAGCCUUAGUUUAGAACAUUUCACAACCUACCCUUUUUACAUAAAUUUCUCUAACUUUUUAAAAGAGGCUCAGGACAGAUCCAGACAGAUUGUAAAAGGCUUUUACUCCUCUUGGGCCCAUCUAGUCCCAGAGGACCUACAUUAUAUUUAAGUUUGAAGCUUCUAUUUUACAUUGCAGAAUUUCAAUUUUUACAAUUUGGAAAAGUUAUGUUGUGAUUUUUAUUUAAACAUAUUUUUGUUGAAUAUCUGCUUAGUAAAAAAAAGUUUUCCCUCAAAUGCUAAGUAAAUAAUAACACCAAUAUCUUGUUUUUUUCAACAGCUUGAACUGAAUGAAAGGAAAGGACUAGAUAUUCCACUUGGUUGGGGCUGUGAUAGUUCAGGAAAGGCAAGUCUACACCCUCAUCAAUGAAUUAUAAUUUAUAAAUAGUUGGCAAAAUAUUCAUUUUUUGAUUAGAUUUAACUAAUUUAAGUUAAGAAUUUUAAUUUGCUUUCCUUUCAUUACUUUCUUAUAUAUAAAAUUCAAUAUUAAUAAAUCAAAUGGAUUCACAAAUUAUUCAUUUCUAGAUUUUUGAUGUUUAUUUCCAUUUCUACAUUUGAAAAAAAAAAUUAUUAUUGUCAUUGUUAGUUUUUUGCUCCACCCCAAAUGGCUGUUUCUCACAUGAGAAUCUCUCUUUUAGGCAACGACAAACCCAUCAAAGGCAACUGGUCUGAUGCCUCUUGGUGGAACUGAAGAAUGUAGUAUGUUAUCAUUUAUCUUUAAGGCCCCCCACCCCAAACAAAAAAUGUGAAUAAUAAAUUUAAAAAACCUGUUCAUAAUGUAUAAGCCAUAAACCCUCAUUUACUGAUUAAACAGUUGUACUUCAAAAAUAAAUCUGCCACCAGAAUCUAAUCUAUUGUCAUUCAUAUAGUAUAAAUUGCCUAAUUGGAGUUUUUUUAGAAAAGAUGCAAACUCAACAUCCUUAUGUUUAAAUUGAUGCAAGUAACACAUUUAUUGCAGGUGGUUACAAGGGUUAUGGCUUGUCUAUGAUGGUUGAAGUUUUCUGUGGGAUCCUGGCUGGUGGUGCAUUCGCUAACAAUAUUAGGAAAUGGAAGACAACAGAUAGAGAAGCAAAUCUGGUUAGUGCUGCACUAAUGUCUUAUAAUCAUCAUAGAUUAACUUGGUAUAUUUACUGCAUCACUAACUUCAUUUGGCUAUAAAAAUUUAAGAUUUACACCCAAGCAUAAUGUAAAAUGUAUUUCAUUUUAAUGUUGUUUCUAGUGUGAUUGAUAGAUAUAAUUUUUAAAAUUCCACUAAUGUUUCAAAAAGUAUUAAUUUAUGCUAAUGAUCAUAUUUUAUACAGGGCCAGUGCUUUGUAGCGAUUGACCCAAGUGCAUUUGCUCCAGGAUUUACGGAUAGAAUUUCACAGCUCAAUACAACACUCAGAAAUCUGGAUCCGGUAAAGCAAUUCUUUAGAAUUUAAAAACUAUGAUGGGCUCAUCAGUUCAAGCUACCUGUUAUCUUCUGCCACUAGUAAUAAAUGAUCCCCCAACACAAUUAAAAUAGAUAAUGCACAAUUAUCAUCUUUACGCACAUCACAUUGAUCAUACAUGUGUAGUUGUGUGCCUAGUAUCAGUUGAGAGGCAGACAAUUUCCCCCAUAUUAUAAUGCCGAGAAAUAAUUAUGCAACAGUCAAACAAUGAUUCGAAAUUUAGCCAGCUUGAACCUAAUUUAUUAGCUUAUUUUGUAAAAAAAGGAGUGAAUAAGCUAGUUAAAGAAAUACACAGGUUAGAAGUCUACGUAAAUGAGAUGGAAUAUGAAUCCAUGCAAAAAAUACAUUUUUGCCCAACUGAGAAACGCGACAAUUGAUCACUCUUUACUGCUAUCAAGAUCUCUUAGCAUGCAAUUUAUUGUAUUGUGUGUCUAUUGUAAUGUGUGUCCCUCUAUUUCAGGCCGAGGGUGAGACAGAUGUUUUGGUGCCUGGUGAUCCAGAAAGGAAGCACAUGGCAGAAUGUGAUAAACUUGGGGGCAUUCUCUAUCAUCCCAACCAGAUCAAAUAUGCAGUAAGUAUUAUCAUUGCUAUUGGUAAAGAAACACCAAUCAUUUUACCCAUUUGAAAGUAUAGUCUACUAAUUAAUCAACAAAAAUGACAUGCAGGCAUAAAAUCCAAAAUUAAAUAUUAUUUACUUUAUUUAUAAAUUAUGAUUUUAUUUUAAAAGUUUUAUAAAUACUGGUUGGUAAACCAAAGAUCAAUUUAGGUUUUCUGUACAUAUUAUUUUUAACCAGAACUGUUUGCUUUCUUGUUUUCUUAUUUGAAUCGAAUUUGCAAAGUUUGUUUUUUUAUAAUCCAUUCUAGAAUGCCAUGACUCAUUUUCAUGAAGUAUAUUUGGUGUUCAUUAUUAACCAAUGAUAGUAUUAGGUAAUUUUAAUAUAUUUUUUUUUUACUUUUACAGAAUGACCUAGCAAAGGAACUUGGUGUGGAGCCAUUAAAGGCUUUGUGAAUUGGCUUUAAUUGACAAACCCAACAUAAAAUGCCUUUUAGUUGUUACAAAGGUUUGUUAUAUUUUUCUAAGGAAAGUUUUGAUAAUGUUCAUGUAUUAUAUGUUAUAUAUUUUGAUCAUGCCAGAUAUGUAUUUAUGUUCACUAUGCAAUGCUGUUUGUGUUAAAAGAUUAAACAAGAUGAAAAAAA